CUAAUUCAGUUCUAGUUCUGUUCUAGUUCUGUUCUAGUUCUGUUCUAGUUCAGUUCUAAUUCAGUUCCAGUUCUGUUCUAGUUCAGUUCAAAUUCAGUCAGUUCUCCUUCAGUAUUUAAUGUAUUACAUUAUGUUAAUUUCCUACAAUGUAAAAAUUACAUAAAAAACGUUUUAUAUAUUUUUCAUAAAUUAAAAAAUUUUUCAUUGAAAUCCGAAACAUAAAAACAUUAAAAAUCAUUAAGUUGUAUAGAAAAUAAGAAAAAAAUUUAAUAUUUUAUUUGAAAAGAAAUAAAUUUGGUUUUUUGUUAAAAUUUUCAUUGGAACAAUGUAAAGGUCAACAACGUUAAACCAUGUUCUUGUACUGAUGACGCCGACAACGAUAAUGGCGAUUGGUGGCAACUAUGAUAUAUAUUGAACAUUUUUUUCCACAAUAAAGCAAAAACAGAUAGAUCAUGUUAACGGAAGUGUAAACCAUAUGAAAAACAAGAAAAAAACUUUUUUACAAAAUAUAAAAACUUUAUAACAAUUGACACAGUUUUAAACUUAUUGACUUUGAAAUGUGAGAAUUUUCUUCUGAAGCUAAAGUUUCAUUAUUAACCUUGGCAUCAUCAUGCUAAAAGUAGGUUGUGUAAAACAACAAUAAACAAUUUAAUUUUGAAGGUAACUUAAAACGUUUAAAGAAAAUUAUUGGUGGAAGAAAAUACCACGAAAUUUGUUUCUAGUUUUAUUAAUCCGUUUAUUUGUUUCGUCACAAAAAAAAAACGGAUUAAAAAAGUAGAUUACUAGUUUUUUAUUUUAGUUGCUGUUACUAGUUGACAGCACAAGUGUUUUAUGGGUCACCCACAACUUGGUGGUAGCCAGAUUAAGAAUGAACCAUUUUUUAAUAGGUACCAAAUAGUAUUAAUGAAUUACCUGUGAAACGCCCAAACCGCAAACUCCCACUACACCGCCAUACAGCAAAAAUCAAGACAAACAACCGACAAAGGAAUUCAGGUACCUGUUUUAAAUAUAUAAAAUGUCCUGUCAACUAACAAACAGCAUCAGUUCCACUUGAACAUUGUAUUUAAACACAUCCUUUCAAACAAACGAUCGACAAGCAAAAAAACAAAAAUAAAAUACCAAAAAAUCUUAAAUCUUUUUAAAAACCAAAAGAGCUACAUAUUACUCAAGAAUAUUUCCAUAAUCAUGGCAUCUCAAAAAUAUACUCCAGCCAGAACUUUGUCGGCAUCCAACAAUAUUAUCACCACAAGCAGCAACACUACGCCAAAAUCUACAACAGUCGCAAUGAACAAAAUCUAUCAGCAACCACAAAAGCAGCAACAGGAACAACUUCCCCCUUAUCUGCAGCAACCGCAGCUAGGUGUAUCCUAUAUGCUUUAUUUACACCGUGAAGAACUGAGAAAGCGUAAAUCAUCUUGUAUGCGCAUUUCUCGUACCAAAUUCCAAUUGACACAUGAACUCAUCACGAAAACCGUUAAAAAUAUUCAUAAAUGUUCUCCUGAUGAUUUACAAAUUCUUAGUCGGGAAACAAUCUUUAAGAAGAAUUUGAGAAGACAAAUUGCACGUAUGAAAUACCAUCAACUCUUGCAGAAUGCCAAAUAUCAAAAACAACAAAACGAUAGAUUUCUGCAGCAACAAGAAAAGGCACACAAGGAACAUCUGAAACUACAACAAAAACAAUCACAAUUCUUACCACAAGAGCAUCAUCGACACCAGCAACAUCAGAGCGGUGGUGUUACAGCUAUGGAAGGUAUUGAAAUAUCUUGUUAAAUUAUGGAAAUGACAAGGAAGAAAAGGGAGCUGCAACAGAAUUUAUGCUUGAGACAAGUGAUUUUUGAAAAAUUAUAAUGUUUUUAAGUUUUAGCUUUAAGAAAUUUUAGUACAACUAUAGCUUUAAUUCUAGUAAUGUAUAAGUAAAUAAAUAUUUGAUAUUUUAAAAUAACUGUUGUUUUUUGAACAAAAAAUUUAAGAAUACAAAACGACGUCCUAUUAAAACAG